UAGACCGAAACAGUUGGUUGAUUAUAACUCCUACGGCCAUCAUGAAGGUGUCAAUGCUGAUAGCUCUUAUCGGGUCCAUUUCUGUGAUAUCGGCUGCCCCGCAAUUUGACUUUAACAAUAAUCAGCCUAGUACGCCGUACACUUUCGCCUACGGCGUCAAUUCUCCUGAAACGGGAGACGUCAAGGAACACAAGGAGAGCGUCUCUCCUGCAGGAAUCACCGAGGGCGAAUACAGAUGGCUCCAGCCUAAUGGACUCUUCAGAGUGACUCGGUACACCGCUGACAACGGAGGAUACCGCGCAGUAGUUAGUGAAGAGGCAGGAGAACCAGUCGCCACAUACUACACCAACACCCUCCUAGGCUCAGGACCAUCACAAGGGUCAGUUACCACCAGUUUCCAGUCAAAUAACCAGGGCUUCAGCAACUUCCAGCCUGGAAACCUCGUCAUUUCCAGGACACAGAACUUCCAGGACCAAAGCUUCACAAACUCGCCCAACUUCCAGAACCAAGAAUUUAGGGACUUCCAGUUCCAGGGCUUCAGGAACCCACAGAACAUCUUCCCACGUGAUUCCGGUAACGGUCAAUCGUUCCAGAAUCAAGGGUUCUCCGGCUCGCAAGUUUUCCAGAACCAGAGGAACGUGAUUGACGGAGGUUUCCAGAACCAGAGGAACGUGAUUGGCGGAGGUUUCCAGAACCAAAGGGACGUAAUUGACGGAGGUUUCCAGAGCCAAAGGAACGUAAUUGACGGAAGUUUCCAGAACCAGAGGAACUUGAUUGAUGGAGGUUUCCAGAAUCAGAGAAACGUGAUUGACGGAGGUUUCCAGAACCAAAGAAACGUGAUUGACGGAGGAAUCAUUAACGGUGGAAUUAUUGACGGGGGAGUCACUAGUACCACUUCGAAUACCUUUGGAUCCGGUUUCAACCGAUUCGGAUCAAAUCAGAACAACUUCAUCAACAGGAAUUUCAACGGUAAUUUUGACUCUUUCAACAACUUCAAUGGAUUUGGCAACUCAGGUUUCACCGGCGGUGACAUCAACAGCGGGACGGCCGUAGUACUAUCCUCGAACCGAAACAGAUUCAUCGCCUGAUGGCUUUGCUGUAAAACCGAAUCUAAUCAUUCCAUUUCGCUGUAAUAUUACUUAAAACGCAUUGUAUCCGAGUGUAUGACAUUUAAAUGAAAUGCGAAAUCACA